AUGAAGCGGCCCCCUCUUCUGACCUUCCUGUGCCUCCUGGUGGCCCUGGCUGGCGGGAACCUGGUCCAGUUCGGGGUGAUGAUCGAGAGGACGACGGGGAAGCCCGCGCUGCAGUACAAUGACUACGGCUGCUACUGCGGGGUCGGCGGCGCCCGCUGGCCGGUGGACAAGACAGACUGGUGCUGCCAUGCCCACGACUGCUGCUACGGGCGCCUGGAGAAGCUUGGCUGCGAACCCAAAAUGGAAAGGUACCUCUUCUCCGCCACCAGGCACAGCAUCUUCUGCGAUUCUGUCCUAGGGUUUCACCAGUCUCCGGCUUCAUUGGCGCCGGUGUUUCCUGAGGGACACAGCAUGGGUCUGGCUCGGGUGGCCCCUGCAGGCAUAUACACUCUGUCCUUUGAGUUUUCCAUUACACAUGAACAACCCAGAGUGCCCAGGGAAGGUCAGCUGUGAGGAUACCCAUGCCAGGCCCGGCUCCAGAUACGGGGAGGGGAUGAGGAAAGAUUUCUACAUCCUACAUCUGGCAUCCUGAGGCUGACUUUGGAGCCAAUUCAAUGCACCAAAGGAUUCCCAUCAAAUCGGAAUGCAGCCUCCCCGGGAAGAAAUAAACUUCAGCAGAUUCUACUGCUAAAUAUAGACAUGCUACUCCACUGUAAGAUGCUGAUAAAAUCUUCCAGGGUUGGGAUAAGCCUACUCAAUGAGAUAAAGCAUGUAAAAACGCACUGCACAGGCAAAGCUCACGGCGGACAGGGAAUAAACGUUCACUCCCGCUCUCCAUUUCUUGGCGUGUGUGCAACACCCAGGGCUUUGAGGGCAGGAAAGAGCCUGAUGCCACCGAAAGGAUAAUCACCAUAAAUUUUAAAAGGUGAAGAAGUUCUGAGCUGGCCAAACAAAAGAGAGCAGAUGUCUGUGCUUUGCUGCUGUGACUGACUCAAAUCCUGUGUGAAAAAUCAGCAGGAGAUGAGGUCUUCAAGCGCAACGCGGGUGGGUGGGGAAGAGAGGACCGCGUUUGUUAGGCAGCGUGGUCCUGAGGCGCCCUCUGGUGUCCAUUUUGUUCAGGCUGCCGGGAGGAAACAAAUUUGGUUUAAACCCGGAUUUCCCUUUGUCAGGGAGGGCAAAGUGUGCUUCAGGGCUGGUGAAAUCAGUCCUCCCAUAUUUUCAGUAAUAGACAAGCUGAGAAAUACUAAGCCCUUAAAGACAUCUCAGAAUGACGGUGCCACUACACACGAGCGCAGGAACCAGGAUCUGACUCGGGCGGUGCUCUGGACCGGACGUAUCGCCGGGAGGAGGCCCCGGUGACGUCACAGUUGUUUAACCAUCUGACGGGGUGGAAAUUAGAACUUGAGAACUAGCCUCGGCGCAGCCCGAUUUCCCAGGAAUCAAUAGCUAUUUGGUGAACGAGUCAAUGAUUCCAUCUGAAUCCUGUUCGUGUGCCUCUAUAGCCCAUACCCUUGAUUUCCAGCUGUAGACUUGGUAGGAAGGACUGAAAAGAGGAAAGCAGAACCCUGAACUUGAUGUUGUUGGAGGUUCCAGGUAGAGCCUUCUGCUUUGCCAGUUAGCAGCAGCAUGUCAUUCAAGACCUCACCGCUCAGGAAGCUUAUUAGAAAUGCAGAAUCGUGGACCUGAUCCCAGACCUGCUGGUUAACAAGACCCCCAGGUGGUUCAUCAGUUCAGUUCGGUUCAGUUCAUUUCAGUAGCUCAGUCGUGUCCGACUCUUUGCGACCCCAUG